AUGGGUUAUCAGGGCCCCACUCUGGAGCCAGGCCUGGGAGAGGGGCUAGCUGGCAAGCACCUGGUGACCAGGUCUCUACCCAUGGGGCCCAGUCAUCCAAACCCUGAGAACUUUGUGUGGGAGGACUAUCUGCAGGAAACUGGUUCCACUGCUGUUCCCAGUUCAGCUUUCUCUCUGAGAGCUCCACAUGGUUUCCAAGUGAACCACAGGUUGGAGGCCGUCGACAGGAGGAACCACAUGCUAAUUCGUGUUGCCACAGUUACCGACACAGAAGACUACAGGAUGAAGAUCCAUUAUGACGGCUGGUCAUCGCAAUUUGAUGUUUGGCUUGACAGCGACCACGGCGACCUGCAUCCUGUCGGCUGGUGUCAACGCACAGGACACCCACUGGAACCGCCCCCAGGUUCGUCCCCUAUUUCCUCCCCCUCUCAGGGAGUUUGUCCCACUGCAGGCUGUCGAGGAGUCGGACACAUCAAAGGGGCCAAGUACACCGGACAUCACAGUGCCUUUGGCUGUCCAUACUCAGACAUCAAUAUACGUAAGGAGGUGGUGCUUCCUGAUAGGCUGGGAGGAGAGAGGUCCUUUACCCUUGUACCUGUUGUUUUACAUCAUCAUAGCAACCAGCCUCCCAGAGGAGUUCAGGUGAGGCCAGAAUCCAAAGACGAGACACUGCUGCUUCCUCUGGGGAAGAGAAGAAAGGUGACAGUUAGAUUGUCCCAACCAACCAAAUGUCUGCGUGUGAAACAAGAAGAGGAGGAGCUUGAGCUCAGCACCAUCAGUUCAGGUACGGUCUGA